AAAAAUUAUCUCUUCUAUUUUGGCCAUUAGAUACAUUUGUUGUGGAAUAUCACAUAGAAGAAUGUCUAUCGGACUUCGUUAAACCAGCUGCAGUAUCCUGAAUGUACCAAUAAAAGGCCUAUCAUAUGAUGUAAACACAACUUAUCGUUCAAAGUGGAUUGAGAAAAAAAAUAAAGAUGACAACUGUCAUAUAUAAUACUUUUGCAAGUAUCAUCAACUUCAAGCGACGGAAACGUUGGAUUUACUUCAUAAUUCUUGUGAUGUUAGUGUACAUGCUGUUUUAUUGGACAUCUGAUGGUGAACCAGUUUUCUCAUUGGAAAGCCGGGUUAAAUCUGGUGUUAAGUGCAAGAGUAAAGUUUAUGAGAUUAGUGAGAUAUUAGAUGACAGUGCUUUCCUGCUGGAACGUCAUUCUAAACAAGAUUUGGAGGAUCUUUUCUUUGAUUUCCUUGUAACAGUCAAAGUACAAUGUCGUGACCAGGCCCAUUAUGGACCUCGAGAAGAUGGCGGAUGGGAAGUUUGCAUGGAGAAUUUCUAUGAGAUAAAGAAGCCAUGUCUGAUAUACUCCUUUGGAAUUGAUCAUGAUUUCCGCUUUGAAAAGGACAUUGAGGAAAAGUUGGGAUGUGAGGUACAUGCAUUUGACCCAAGUAUGGAAGUGAUUGAUCAUAAGUAUUCAUCUAAUGGAUGGUAUCAUAACCUGGGACUGGGAGGAGAAAAUGGACAUAUGGUAGAUGGUACCUGGGAAGUUAAAACCUUGGAGCAGAUUAUGAAGGACUAUGGCCAUUAUUAUAGUAAACCAAUAGACUAUCUGAAAUUAGAUAUUGAGUUCUCUGAGUGGCUCGCACUCCCAGAAAUGAUUGCGAGUGGGAUUCUGAGCAAAGUUCGCCAAAUUGGGAUGGAGGUCCACACUCCCGAAAUAGACAGUUUAAAAAAGCCAUAUUCCAAAUGCACCUGGUCGCAGAAGCAAACUGUCUGGCAUAUGCUUAAUACAUUGAAACAUUUGGAGAGAGAAGGUUUCAAAUUGUACUAUUUUACACCAAAUCAACGGAUUGAGUAUUUAUCGAAAGUUAGCUUCAAGCGACGUUUUUGUGCUUUUCAAGUUUAUUUUUUGAAUACAAAGUUCCGAUUCCCAGAACAUGAAUAGAAAGAGGAUACCAAUUGUAUAAAGUGCCAUUUUGUUUUUAACUUUAAAAAGUCAAAACAGCUUUUGUAGUUUACCACCUCUUCAAGCCAAAGUUAUAUUUGUGUAUAUUUUAGUUUAGGAAAUGGCUACAGAUACAAGAAUUUUACAUAGAAGAAUCUUUAAUAAAAUAUUUGUAUCAUUUUGAUUAGCUUUUUUAUAUACUCAUAUGAAUGUUAUAAUAUUUUUAACAUUUGAUUUAAGCCAUAGGAUAUAUUUCAGCUUGAAAAACUUUAACUCUAGAGAGUAUUUUUUUUCAAAAAAGUGAUCUAAUAAAAGUGCUCUUUGAGAGCAGUUGAUCUAACUCUAUAAAUAAAAAGGGCAAUAUUUGAGUGCAUUUGAAUAUAUCUAUGAAUGAUGAGCAGAUAGCAUUAUACUGUAUUGUAAUCAAUAUUGUGUAUAUACAGGGUGUCCAAUUUGUAAUAUAAUUCAGAACACAUGGUGCCUGAAAAAUAUAUCCAGCAAACAUUUGUUUUUUGAAAUACAUGUAAAAGGGUACAAGGGUAGAUCUAAUUUAUUGCAUACUUGAUAUGUUACUUAUGAUUAAAAAGAUAUUCCAUUUUAUUGUGCAGUACAGAUGUUGACCAUAUUAAUCAUGUUUGUUUUAAACAUAAAGAAUGGGGUCUGUCGGGGAUCUUUUUGGAACUUAUAUUUUCAGAGCUAUCAUACAUUAAGUUUAGGGUUCUGUAUGUUAUGUAUUAGGCAAGAGCCCCCCCCCCUCCCUUGGGAGAUGUGCUGUGAUUGGCAGAUUUGAAGAAAUGCAGUUUUAUAAGAAAAUGAUUAAACACAUAUCAUGAGUUCUGAAUUUGCAAUUAGUUUGUCAAUUUACAUAUUUUGAAUGUUUUAAGCAGUCAGUAUUGCAACAUGUUGGACAUGAAUUAAGGUAGUCAGCUGGUUAGGCUUUUUCAGUUGUAAAAUCUUCAGUAGAGUAAAAUUUUCUAGCAAGUCUGUGUACUCAGAUGUAUAGAGACUCUCUGACCAGCUACCUACCUUAAUAAAGAAAGAAUUCUAUAUGUUCUUGUAUAUGGUGCAGUAUAACCCAAGGACAUGAUGGUGUUGUGCUUUUUUAUCAUACAACAUAUAUGUAUAUCUGCACUGUGGAAUAUAUUCCAUCAUUGUUUCCCCUACGCAUCACAUGCAAGCUGACAUUGUUUUAACUAAUCUCAUCUUUAUUGUAUAUAAAUAUAUGUUGGUACUCAUGAUACCAUUUCUUACAAUAUGAAAGUAUAUUUGUGUCCUAGUAUAUCUUACUCAUAUAAUAUGUAAUUUACAUUAAUUGUUAUGUCCUAGCAGUACACCAAUCAAAACCUUGCAUUGAGUGAACUACAUGUAUGUGCGUGUAACCUCCUGAGUUGAUUGUUUGAUUAUACCUGGUGUCCCAAAGAAAAUGAGCCACUUUUUAACAAGUAUUUUCUCUUCAAUAGAUCAAUCAAAUUCAUUGAAAAUUUCUAUGAAGUAGCCUAAGGGUAGCAUUAGCAAGUCGUACAAAUAUGAAAGAGAUUGGUUACAUAUUAUGUGAGUAUGACAAAUGCAUGUCAAGAAAUCCAAUAUCAGAGCUGCGCAAUUAGAGCCUCAU